AUGCCAGAAGGAGGAAACUGGAAAGACUUGUUCAAGGCUGCGGAAGAGGGUGAUCUUGCCAAAACUCGCUAUCACCUAGCCGGUGGCGUCGACCCCAACUGGCAGCAUCCCGAGUACUUUACAGCUCCUAUUCACGAAGCUAUCAAGAAUGGGAACUUGGAGAUUGUCAAGGUUCUCGUCGAAGAGGGAGGUGCCAAUCCAGGAUUGAUGGAAGAGCUUACGGAUGAUACCACCAUUGAAAUUGCUCGUGCUAGCCUUCAAUUCGAGAUUUUGGACUACCUCAACAGCAAAGUGCCCGCAGAGGCCCGAUUUGACUCUCGAGUAGUACUAGUUACUGAAGGGCUAAUGGGUACAGGGAAACCAUUGGCUCUGGAACUCCUGUUGAAGGGCCAUCAAGUUUUCUUCGUCGCUUCAUCUGAAGAAGAAGCCACGAAAGCAUCAGAAGAGCUUCGUCUAGAAAGUGGGAAUUCCAAACUUGGCUACAUUAUUGGAAAACUCAGCACCAUUGCUGAUGUCUAUAAGCUUGCGGAAAAUGUGCAACAGCAAAUACCCAAACUGAAUACUCUGAUACACAAUGCAUGUAUUUGGCCCUUUUCGCGACAAACUAAUGACGACGACCUUGAAUCAUCUUUCAUGGUGAACUACAUGGCACGAUACAUAUUGACAAAAACGCUGAAAAAAAUGUUAGAGGGAAACAAAGCACCUCGCAUCAUCUACGUCAACCCGGAAACAACUUGGCGUGAACCUGACUUGAUUGACACGCCCAUAGGUGUAAACUUCAGUUGGUACAAGUCAAUGUCUGAAACCGUCGCCUGCAGUACCAUCUCCUUCUUGAAUUGUUUGCAAGAUAUGAAAGGAUCUGGUGUCACAGUCAUGUUGGCCCAAGUUGGAAAACCACACAACUCCAUCGAAAAGGAAUCCAGCGGUUGCUAUUGGCCACUGGUGGAAAUUGCCCAAGCUGUCUUUCCCGACGCACGAAAUGUCACCGAUACGAUCGCAUGGAUGGUCGAAGGGGGACAAGGGAAAAACUUUCAUGGCAAGAUCUACAAUGGAGACAAGGAAGAGGUCACAAACUAUACUGUCAUGAGUAUUCCAAAAGAAUGGGAGCAGUGGACGACAGACUUCUUAUCACGGUCGUCUUAA